GCGGCUGCUUACAUAACGGCGCAAAACAAAGGCGGGCACAAGGUUCUUCUCGGACCCGCGGUUGGCCUCCCAACGUCAAAACAGACCUGGAACCACAACAAUCGAUCUUUUUGACGACGCCUCUGCCUCGACGCGUGGGCGCCUGUAGAACUUAUCCUCCCCGUUGCGACAGGUAUCGACGCGAUUGUCUUGUUUCCUUUUCUUCUUCUAUCGAACGAAACGACCGAAUUUUGGAAGCGCCACUGUUUUGCCCAUAUAUUCCGGCUUUGGGGAUGUUUGUUGUGGCACAGGCGCAGCGUGAAGAAGAAAUUACAACAACCCUCCUCUCCUCCUUUUCCGCCAGCCGUGUCGCGUAGCCGCAAGGCCAUGGAUCAGCACGGAUCCCUGGGGGAGCGGCCGGGAUCAGGAACCCGACCUCGAUCGCAAGAUUCGACCACAUCUACGCGCAGCAUCACCACCCAACACCCCGUAGACCCAAACAGCUUUCUCGAACUCAGCAACAUGUACGCCAAUCAAUGGCACAGAUCCCAGCACCAUAAUAUGCAACCGCGUCGGUCCAUGAGCAGUCAGCAACUUGGUUCGGAGGCCAUGUUGGUGCAUGCCACUCAUCAGUUGCAGGGGGGACCAAAUGGCUUCUCCAUGGGCAAUGACGGUCGUCUUUCUCAGCACCCAGCCGGUUUGCAGCCUCAUCAUGGGGUGAUGCCCAAUCGCGGAGGCAGUGAUCCCCACGGCUUGGCCCACAUUGACCAGGUGCCCUGGGAUGAUGCAGAUAUCUCCAUGAUGGAGACUGGAGACGGUAACGAGAACAUGGACUUUUCCCGGAAAAGCGGAGCCAAGGAUUCCAAGAAGUCCAAGAAACGAUCCAACGCCAAUAACGAUGGAGAGAUGCGAGACUUGUUUGAUACCAACAAGGCAAAGUCUUUAGAGGAUGUCGCAAACGAACUGCGUGGGAACGAGCGUGGUCCAAAGGCCGAGAGGAAACGCCAGCUGUAUGCCAUGCUGUGGCUCAAUGCGUCGUGUGUGGAAAGCAAGAACUCGAUCCCCCGAGGUCGAGUCUAUUCCAUGUAUGCAUCCCAAUGCUCUGACGACAGGGUGAUUGUUUUGAACCCUGCCAGCUUCGGCAAGCUGGUGCGCAUUCUGUUCCCUAACAUACAGACUCGGCGGCUGGGUGUGAGGGGCGAGUCAAAGUAUCACUAUGUGAAUUUUGACUUGAAAGAGCAACCAGCAACUGAGAGGGGCACCUCCCGCCCCUUCCAUGCACCCAACGAUGUCCCUACGGAGAAGAGCCCCGAGGUGGACUUCAACACAACGAUCACAAAAGACCCUGCGCCGCCCAGUACUCAGCUGCCGAGGCUUGACGACGUGGCCCAUCGUCGAUCAGAGACGAGGGCGACGGACAGUAUACUAAGCUCGAAAGCGCACAGCCGCUACAAUAUGCCACAUACGGACAUUAAUACACCCUGCGCCAAAACACCUCUGCAGCUCAGCUUCAUGAACGAGGCGGAUCGGGCGGCAGACUCAGCCGAGCCCAUCACACUACCUUCUAUUGGCCGUUACCUGCCUGCGAACACGGACACCGAUGCUGCUCAAUCGCUCACAGCCCUGUAUCGAUCACAUUGUACAUCUAUAGUCGAAAGUCUGCGAUACUGUCGAGAGAAGAGUUUCUUCCACCUGUACGAAUGCUUCCACGGAACGCUGACCACGCCUGUUCAAAGACUGUUUGCACAUCCAAAAAUCGCCGGAUGGAUUGAGGAAUGCGAUAUCCUUCUCUACCAACGGUGCACGAGACUCAUUGCGCACUUGUCGCACCAAGUCAUUCCACAAAGGGUUAUGAGCUCGAUGCGCAAAAUUUCCGAGCGCCUGGUAGGACACAUUCACGAAUCGUUCCGCGGGCAGCCGAGCCAUGUCCUGGAGGCCAAGAUCGGUCCCGCGACGGUGUUUGCGGGUAUCAUGGACAGGAUGCUGCGCGUCAACGUCUCCGCCCAUGCCAUGGUGCGGGAAAUGACGAAUGUUGCGAAUCGGGACCAGAUGUUUGUUGAUUGGGUCCAGAAUAUCAAUCCGCGCAAGAUUGCCGAGUGCGUACCCACGUGGGGGAUGGACGAUGUGGUGAACCUACUCUUAACAGAGCUGAGGGAUCUGCUGGAGCCGGAGAACGUGCCGCAAACCGAGGAUUUUGCCAUUUACAUGUCGUCGCGGUCCCAAGAGCUUCGGCAGAAUGGGCAAGAACCCGGUAGGAGGGCAACGGGGCGUUCCCACAUUGAAAGGCUGGAGGCCUUCUUGAUGAGUCUGCCCUCCAAGUUUCCAUACGCUUCCCAUGCGGACAUUGCCUGGUGCGUGGAAAGAGUGGGCACCACGAUUGUGCGAGAUUUGACCAUUGGCGGACUCUCGAGUUUCAGCUCAUGGCUUGUACUCAAGGUGUUUAUUGAUGAGGAGAUUUGGUUUCUGGCGGAGGCUGGAGGCUUUCUGCGUACCACCUCGAUCCGCGGGGACGUUGGUCAAGACGAUUCGGAAGCACCCAGCAAACGUGUUUCCAGCAGCAGCGGUGCGGUUCCCGACAAUGCUGGUCCUACCGAAUCCGCUUUGCCUUUGAUCGCCGCCCCGACGUCACCGCGAGUCUCGAACCGGGCGCCAUUCCCUCCCAAACCAACGGACAACUUUGCGGAUACGACGCCUGAUGUACAUGACGACAGUGGGAUCGGGAUCCGCACACCGGAUACGGAUUUUCACAAGUUUACUUUUGGCAACGCAGAGCAACUGGUCGAUGUCGACGGAGUACUGGACGGUGCAGGCCGAAGUGAUCGGCCAGAUGAGCUCAUGAUGAAUGCUUGAUGAAGACAGACAUGGAGCUUGCCAGGUGAGGUCCUCGUCUUUGGUGUACGGAGUUAUUUUGGUCGAGCUCGCACGCGGACCCAGCCAGGGCGCGGGUCGAGGACAACAGCAACUGUGCGCGGACUCAGGGGCGGGUAUGGCAUGAGGAACGGAACGGAACGAGGCAUGAUGAAUACCAGGGUUCCGUGUGUGUGUCUGGGGUUGGGUUUGGAUUUUGACUAAGCGUACGCGCUGGCUUCUUGGAUGAUUCCCAAAGCAUUGAUUUACUUUGCCGUAUUGCUACAAUGCAAUGCAUACCUCAAGCAUCCGAGUUUCUAUUCUAAUGAUAUGAGUGUCAAGGUGCAUGGAUUGGAGCGCUGGUGGUGGAGUCUCGACUUUUGAGCGCUGUCCGAAAACGGAGGACAGCCAUGUCGAGUCGAGUCACUUUCAGUGAAUGUGCGCAGACAGGCAACAGGCCACCUUGUGUCGAACAUCGAGUUCAAAUCCGC